AUGCAAACUUGUGUUGGUUUGGAUAUAACCUCAACUAUACCUCAUUACCGCAACUUAUUAAAUGAUUGUCAAGGCUGUGAAAGUGGAUUAAAUUCUGUCAACUUCGACGAAACCACUAUUGAACAACAAAUAAUUCAACUUCUUGAACGGACAGCAGAGGAAUUGGGUCAAACUGUUAACCUCCAUGAGCAAUUAAACGAACUCUCAAAGACAGGCAGUCUUGAUAAACCUCCGAGGAGCGUCAUGAAGACUGGAGCGAUUAGUGGUGAAUCUUUAAAUGUGCCUUCUAUAGGUGCUAGGUUCUCUCAAGCCCAUUCAAAUCCACUUAAUUCCUAUGAACCACAAAUGCCGACUAUAUCCAAAAGUGGAGUUGGAUUAACUCCUCCUAAAUAUGUUCCAAUGCCAUCAACGGCCGAAUUUCCUGAAUUUCCUAUUACUGAAUCGAUUAGCUCUCUCAAUGCUGAAAUCCCUACACGGCUCACUCCUCAAACAAGUCGUCUAUCAGGUCCCUUCAAUUCUGGAAAUUACCAAUCCCUUCGAUCCUAUGGAGGAAACGGCAAAGGAUUUACAAGCUCUUCAAGCCCCUAUUCGAACCUUCAUAGUUCGCCUGGUCAGCCAUUAAAGACCUCAACACCACGUUCCAUGCCAGAGAUCCCUGAACAACCGACUCCUAUUCCUCCAAUUAUGGAAUCGAUUGCUAUGCCUAAAAUACCACCUGAUUCAAGUGAUUCGGAGGAACAACGACCUUUUGGGUACCAAGCAAAUCUCACCUUCUUCCAACAGCGUGAAAAAGAAGCCAUGGCGAAGUCUCAGGGAGCAACACAACUAACUGGGCAACCGAAGCAAACUCUCUUAAACUACCUUGAACUUCGCUACGGAACGCGUAAUCUUGAGUUCUGCUUGAUGGUUCUUGAUGUUAUUAACUAUAAUGAUAUAAGCAAUAAAAUUGCCCUUUCUGCUGAUCUUCACGGGACGGAGCAUAAUGGCUUGGACCCACUUAAUAUUUUUCAUAUUUUUUUAGCAAGCAAGAAUCCAAAGAACCUAAAAAAUCAUUGCUUCGAACUAAAGAACGAACACCUUCAAUACUUAGGCGAGUUAACAACUUUGAAUUUGAUUUCUUAUCAUGAUACUUUCUCAAUAUUUAAUUUUAAUUUUAGUGAUAAUGGUAGUCAACCUUAUGAAUUGACACCAACAACUCAGAUGCCUGCGACAAUUGGCAUUGCACCUGGAACCAUUGAUUUGAAUGCGCGCCUAUCAUCCUCCGAUACCUCAGGAUUUUUCAAACAAGUGGAACAAAGAGCUCGCAGCAACGACGCAUUCCAAAAUCCUAUGAAAGAGGAUUCGGUUUCAGAUGUCUUGGCUAGGGCUGAUACUUUGGAAGAAAACCUUUCAAUGACAUCCGUCGACAUACGAGGUGAAAAUAAUACUAAUCAAGAAUCUACUUGCAUUCAAUUAUGCAUUUUCAAUUUUUGCAGCUUGACCGAUGUAUCUGACGUUAAGAAACCAGAAGACCAACCAUUCAUUCGAGAAAUUGAGGUUCAAAUGCCUAGUAAACAGGAGAUCAAGCGUCAAAUAAAGACUGAGCCGAUUAAUUUUGAUCCCUUGAAGAAAUCAAGAAGGUCAAAGAAAAACUCAUCUGCGACUCGUACUGGAAAGAAAAUGCCAAGGAAUUCUCACAAAAAACACCGGGAUUACUCAAUGCCACCCGAGAAAUAUUUUAGCCCCGAAGAGUCGAUCGAUAUUUCUUCGGAUUAUCACCAACCUUCUCGUCCAAGGAGACAAAUUUCAUCCUCGCCAACCUCCUCCUUAUCCUCAUCAUCCUCCGAUGAUGUGGUUGUUAAUCAUCCUUCUAAGGGUAUGUCUUCGCAAAAGAAGUCCCGAGGCCAUCAAAGUAUCGUUAUGAAACCCGCUGGUAUGGACAUAAAAGCUGGAUUCGAGUCUCGACGAUCUAGUUCAAGUAGUAGUAGUAGUUCAAGCACAAGCAGCAGCACAACCAGUAGUUCCACGAGCAGUUCAUCAAGUGGACGGGGACGGACCAGAAAGAAUAGGAGUCUAAGCAGUUCAAGUAGUUCCAGCACCUCUAUCAGCCUCAGCAAUUCAAUUGAUUCUCCAGUAAAAGAAAGUAAACGACCUUCCCGUAGCCCAUCAACUAUAAUCAGAAUUGAGCCCAUCAAUUACGAAGCUAAGCCCAAGAAAAAUAAAGCGAUGAAGAGUGCACGGAGAAAAUCCAAGAGUCCUCUUCCUCCAUACACAAGACGGGGUCUACGAGCUAAACACCACCCUCGCUUCCUUACUCAACAACAGAAUCCACGCUAUCAGCCACAUCAACCUCAGGCCCACAAAGAAUUCGCAUAUCAACAGCAAAAGCAAAUGGGCCAAUCGGAACCAAUCCAGGAAAUCGUGGUUAAAAACUGUGAACCAGAGUUCGAAACCUGCUCUCAUAUCGAAAAAGGCGAAGUUUCUAAUCAGAAUAAUUGUCAAUCCAGCGUUGUUCUUCGGCACGUAUGUCUAAAAUGUCAAAAGAAUUUGAAUAAAGGAAAAGCCAUUGUUCGACGAUGUUCCGUUUCCGCCAGCCCAACGCGCAGAGAGAUUCCUGAAAAUUUCCGCCUAAAUCGGAGCGCUGGAGCACCUAUUCAGCGAGUUCAAAAUCAUCCUCAUUCUGAAAUCCGUAAACAAGGCACUCGAAGCCAGUCUCCAAAGUACGUCACUUGUCGAUUGUAUCAUCUAUACGAUUAA